GGCUGCUGUCCGUUUGUCCGGGGACAUAGGACACCCAGCCCCAGACCUGGGAGUUUAAGCCAGGCCCUCUGUCUCCAUUCCACAGGGGCACUCCAGGCACCAGGCCCCUUUCAGAGCAAGAGCAACUGAUGCCAUGGGAGAAGCCCCUGCCCACCUGUCCACUCACCUUGCACUGCUCACUCUGAGACCCAUGCACUGGGUCCCUCUGGAGGUGCCAACCCUGUGAGCCCCUCCCCUGUCCCCAGACGCUGAGAAGGCCCUGCCCACCCUCACCAUGUGUGAGGUGAUGCCCACAAUCAGCGAGGGGGACUCCCUGGGGCCUCCCCAUGGCGCCGAUGCUGACGCCAACUUUGAGCAGCUGAUGGUGAACAUGCUGGAUGAGCGGGAGAAGUUGCUGGAGUCCCUUCGGGAGAGUCAGGAGACCUUGGCGGCCACGCAGAGCCAGCUCCAGGAUGCCCUGCAUGAGCGGGACCAGCUCCAGCGCCACCUUAACUCUGCACUCCCCCAGGAAUUUGCCACCUUAACCCUGGAGCUGAGCAUGUGCCGGGAGCAGCUUCUAGAGCGGGAGGAAGAGAUAUCAGAGCUGAAGGCAGAGCAGAAUAACACAAGGUUGCUUCUGGAACAUCUGGAGUGCCUGGUGUCCCGCCAUGAGCGGUCACUGCGAAUGACUGUGGUGAAGCGCCAGGCCCAGUCACCUUCAGGGGUCUCCAGUGAGGUGGAGGUACUGAAGGCCCUCAAGUCGCUGUUUGAGCACCACAAGGCCCUGGAUGAGAAGGUGCGAGAGCGGCUCUGGGCAGCCCUGGAACGAGUUACCACCUUGGAAGAGCAGCUGGCAGGUGCCCAUCAACAGGUGUCUGCCCUGAAGCAGGGGGCAGGGGUUCGGGAUGGGGUGGCAGAAGAGGAGGAGACUUUGGAGCUGGGACCGAAACUCCUGUGGCAGGAGGACAUGGGCCGGGUAGAGGAGCUGCAGGAGAUCCUGGAGAAGCAGAACUUUGAGUUGAGCCAGGCCCGGGAGCAACUGGUCACCCUGACAGCAGCUGUGGCUGAACUUGAGGAGGACCUGGGCACAGCCCACCGGGACCUCAUUAAGUCGGAGGAGCUGAGCAGCAAGCAUCAGCGGGACCUCCGGGAGGCUCUGGCCCAGAAGGAGGACAUGGAGGAGCGAAUCACCACAUUGGAGAAGCGCUACCUGGCUGCUCAGCGUGAGGCCACAUCCAUCCAUGACCUCAAUGACAAACUGGAGAAUGAGCUGGCCAAUAAGGAGUCCCUGCACUGCCAGUGUGAGGAGAAGGCCUGACACCUCCAGGAGCUGCUGGAGGUGGCAGAGCAGAAGCUGCGGCAGAUGAUGUGCAAGGCCGAGACGCUGCGAGAGGUGGAGGCUGAGCUGGCCCAGAGGAUUGUAGCCCUUACCAAGGCUGAAGAACGGCAUGGCAAUAUUGAGCACCUGCGGCAGCUGGAGGGCCAGCUGGAGGAGAAGAACCAGGAGCUGGCAAGGGUGCGCCAGCGGGAGAAGAUGAACGAGGACCACAACAAGCGGCUUUCCGACACCGUGGACCGGCUGCUGAGCGAGUCCACCGAGCGCCUGCAGCUCCACCUCCAGGAGCGCAUGGCGGCCGUGGAGGAGAAGAACACGCUGAUCCAGGAGCUGGAGAGCUCCCAGCGGCAGAUCGAGGAGCAGCACCAUCACAAGGGCCACCUAUCCGAAGAGAUUGAGAAGCUGUGCCAAGAGGUGGACCAGCUGAAGGGUCGAGGGGGGCCGUUUGUGGAUGGCAUCCACUCCAGGUCGCACAUGGGCAGUGCAGCUGACGAGCACUUCUCCCUGAACAUAGCCACCCACGCGCCCCCAGGUCUGCAUCGGGGCUACUCAGCACUUCGGGAAGAGUCUGCCAAGGACUGGGAGCCAUCUCCACUGCCUGGGGUGGUGGCCCCCAAGGCUGCCCCUGCCUUUGACAGUGACCCCGAGAUUUCUGACAUGGAUGAGGAUGAGCCAGGGGGUCUGGUGGGCUCCAUGGGUGUUGUCUCCCCCAGCGGCCACUCCGAUGCCCAGACCCUAGCCAUGAUGCUGCAGGAGCAGCUGGAUGCGAUCAACGAGGAGAUCAGGAUGAUCCAGGAGGAGAAGGAGUCCACAGAGCUUCGAGCUGAGGAAAUUGAGAUGCGAGUGACCAGCGGCAGCAUGGAGGCCCUGAACCUGACCCAGCUGCGCAAACGUGGCUCCAUCCCCACCUCUCUGACGGCCCUGUCCCUGGCCAGCACGUCCCCUCUGCUCAGCGGCCGCUCCACACCUAAGCUUACCUCCCGCAGUGCUGCCCAGGACCUGGACCGGAGGGGGGUCAUGACCCUGCCCAGUGACUUAAGAAAGCAUAGGAGGAAGCUGCUCUCGCCAGUGUCUCGGGAAGAGAACCGAGAGGAUAAAGCCACCAUAAAAUGUGAGACUUCUCCUCCUUCCUUACCCAGGAUGCUGCGGCUGGAGAAGCUUGGCCACCCAGCCCUGAGCCAGGAAGAAGGCAAGAGUGCUUUGGAGGAUCAGGGCAGCAACCCCAGCAGCAGCAACAGCAGCCAGGACUCCUUGCACAAGGGCGCCAAGCGCAAGGGUAUCAAGUCGUCCAUCGGUCGCCUGUUCGGGAAGAAGGAGAAGGGCAGGCUGAUCCAGCUGAGCCGGGAUGAAACCACGGGACAUGUUCUCCUAACAGACUCGGAGCUCGGUCUGCAGGAGCCUAUGGUACCUGCCAAGCUGGGGACGCAGGCAGAGGAGGACCGGCGGCUGAAGAAGAAACACCAGCUGCUUGAAGAUGCCCGCAGAAAAGGAACGCCCUUUGCCCAGUGGGACGGCCCUACUGUGGUCUCCUGGCUGGAGCUCUGGGUGGGAAUGCCUGCCUGGUAUGUGGCAGCCUGCCGGGCCAACGUCAAGAGUGGUGCCAUCAUGUCGGCCCUGUCGGACACAGAGAUCCAGCGGGAGAUUGGCAUCAGCAAUGCCCUGCACCGGCUCAAGCUACGGCUGGCCAUCCAGGAGAUGGUGUCGCUGACCAGCCCCUCCGCCCCGCCCACGUCCAGGACUUCUUCUGGGAAUGUCUGGGUCACCCAUGAAGAGAUGGAAACUCUGGCCACAUCCACAAAGCCAGACAGUGAGGAGGGCAGCUGGGCUCAGACCUUGGCCUACGGGGACGUGAACCACGAGUGGAUUGGGAACGAGUGGCUGCCCAGCCUGGGGCUCCCCCAGUACCGCAGCUACUUCAUGGAGAGCCUGGUGGACGCGCGCAUGCUGGGUCACCUGACCAGGAAGGACCUGCGAGGCCACCUGAAGAUGGUGGACAGCUUCCACCGAACCAGUCUUCAGUAUGGCAUCAUGUGUCUGAAGAUGCUGAAUUAUGACCGGAAGGAGCUGGAGAAGAGGCGGGAGGAGAGCCAGCACGAGAUCAAGGAUGUGCUGGUCUGGACCAACGACCAGGUGGUCCACUGGGUGCAGUCUAUCGGGCUGCGGGACUACACAGGAAGCCUGCAUGAGAGCGGCGUGCAUGGUGCCCUGCUGGCCCUGAACGAGAACUUUGACCACAACACGUUAGCCCUGCUCCUCCAGAUCCCCAUGCAGAACACCCAGGCACGCCAGGUGAUGGAGAGAGAGUUCAACAACCUCUUGGCCUUGGGCACAGACAGGAAGCUGGACGUCGGCGAGGACAAGGUGUUCCGCCGCGCGCCCUCCUGGAGGAAACGCUUCCGGCCGCGGGACCCCCCAGGCGGCGAGACGCUCCCCCCGGGCUUCCGCGUGUCCACGCUGGGGCCCCUGCAGCCCCCGCCCGCCCCGCCGAAGAAGGUGGUGCCCGAAGCCGGGACGGCGGGUGCGCUGAGACUGGAGACUUCCACGGUUCGGACCUAUUCCUGCUGA